UUCCCGGCGGCGGCGAUGGAGGCGGCGGCGGCGCCGCGCGCGCUGGGCAAGGCGCUGUCGUGCGGGCGGGCGGGCCGGUCCCCGGAGCCCCGCGGCGCCGCGGCCGAGGAGCGGGUGCUGGUCAUCAACACGGGCGGCACCAUCGGCAUGGUGGCCGAGAGCGGAGGACUUGCUCCUGAGGCUAACAAGUUAGUAAAGGCCCUGAAAAAAAUGCCGAUGCUGCAUGAUGCUGCAUAUGCUCAAGAAACAAGACUUUAUGAAGUCCAUAAGUUUCCAGAUGACACCCUGGUGCUUCCUCUCUCUAAACAAAAUAAACGAAUUGUCUACACAAUUAAGGAACUUUCACCACUGCUUGAUUCUUCCAACAUGACUCCAGACGAUUGGGCUAAAAUUGCAAGGUAUCUUCAGAAAUACUAUGAGCACUAUGACGGUUUUGUGAUCCUUCAUGGAACAGACACAAUGGCCUAUACAGCAUCAGCUUUAUCCUUCAUGUGUGAGAACCUGGGUAAAACUGUUGUUCUGACAGGAUCUCAGGUGCCCAUAUAUGAAUUGAGGAAUGACGGCCGAGCUAACCUGCUUGGAGCGCUGCUGAUUGCUGGGCAGUUUGUCAUUCCCGAGGUGUGCCUGUACUUUUACCAUAAACUGUACAGGGGAAAUAGGGUGACGAAAGUAGAUGCGGGGAGUUUCAGUGCGUUUUGCUCACCUAACCUGCCUCCACUUGCAAAUGCUGAGGUUGAUAUUACAAUUAACUGGGAAACAGUGUGGAGAGCCAACACCACUGAGAAAUUUCAAGUCCACACGAACAUGAACACGAAUGUUGCGUUACUCCGCAUCUUUCCGGGCAUCACUGCUGCUGCUGUGAAGGCAUUUCUUCAGCCUCCUAUUGAGGGCAUUGUGCUCGAAACAUAUGGAAGUGGUAAUGCACCAAAUAACAGAGAAGAUUUGCUGGAAGAACUGAAGAAAGCAACAGAUCGAAAAGUAGUGAUUUUAAAUUGCACCCAGUGCUUACGAGGAACUGUUACUCCGGUCUAUGCAACUGGACAGACUCUCACUGCUGUAGGAGUAAUUCCUGGAAGUGAUAUGACACCUGAAGCAGCCCUAGCUAAACUGUCAUAUGUGUUGAGCAAAACUGAUAUAAGCUGGGAAGAAAAGAGAGAGAAGCUGGGUGAGAAUCUGAGAGGAGAAAUGACUGUAGUACCCACAGGAGCCAAGAUCUCUCUCACAAAUAGCAAAUUUAUUCAAGUACUUGCAAAAUUUCUAGCUACAAGCUGCAAAGAGGUGCAGAUGACUGGCAUGAGGGGGGGUAUUCUGUACGCUGAUAAACGUGAGGUGUCACUACUGAUUGCACAGGAGUUGGAAGCCAUUAGAGAUGCAUUAAUUCCCUCUUUAGCCUGUGCUGCAGCUAAUAUUGGUGACAUAGAUGCUUUUAAAGCCAUAGGAGGAAAGGAUGGAAACUUGAGCUGUGAAGAUUACGAUGGCCGAACUCCACUUCACGUUGCAUCAAGCGAAGGUCACUUGCCACUAGUUGAGUAUUUACUGAAGUCUGGGGCCACCGUUUAUGCUAAAGACAGAUAUGGCGCUACCCCACUGAUGAAUGCAGUUAAAUUCAGACAUAUGAAAGUGAUUCAGCUACUGCGCGACACUGGAGCUCAUCUUUCCAAUCAAGACCUGCAGGACGUUGGAACAGAGCUUUGCAGACUUGCUGCUAAUGGCGAUGUGGAAGGGCUGUAUGCCUGGUAUCUGGCUGGUGCAGACAUGGAAGAAACUGGUUAUGAUGGCCGAACUCCCUUACAAGUUGCAGAGACUAAAGGCAAUUCAGAACUCCUAAACUUCUUUGAUCAGUGGAAGACAAAGAAGGUCAGAGAAGAUGAGUAUGCCCGUUCUGAGUACCGGUUUUGAACAACUAGAAGUUGAACAGUUAAUAAAAAGAGGGGUGUGCUGGGGUGCAUUAUAAACCUACAACAGAUUUGGAAAUAUUUAACUUUAUAUGUAGUAUUUUUAUUUUAGCACUAACUUUAAACAUGAACACCUCUAUUAGCAUGUCACAUCUCAGUAUAGUUUGCUUUCCAGUGCUAAGGGGCUGAUUUGUAUAAACAUGGACUGCCAGGAUGGAAAGCCUCUUUAUUGUUGUAAUUUGGAACAGGGGAAGGGUUGGGUAGGGGAGUGUUAAUUUAUAACUUACUGAAUCAGUGAGGGACAUGCUUCAUGCAGACUGCUUCCUGUUGCACUGAAUCUGUUAAGGGAAAUGUUCGUACUUAAUUGUACUUUUCUGGGUUUAAACUAAUAAAAUUUCUGGGGGAAAAA